CAAGCACAGGUGGAAGCAAUGCAGCUGUGGGAGCAGAUGGGGCUGAACCUGGCUCCAGCCCUCCCUCACCUCAUCUGAAAGCUGGCAGCCCCACAGGCAGUGUCUCUUCCCAGUGAUCCCCUCCCAGGGGUUGUUGGGGGGCUCUGGUUCUUGGAAAGAGGUAUUGAACAGCUGUUACCAGGCCACCUUGGAGCCCUCACUUCUCCGUGCUGAACAGCCCCAGCUCUCUCAGCCUGUCCUUGGAGGAGAGCUGUUUGAUCCCUUGGUUCUGUUUUUUUGUGGCCAUCCUCUGAUGUGAUCCAACAGGUCCAUGUCUCUUCUGCACUGAGGACUCUACAUCUGGACACGAUCUCUAGAUGUGGGAUUGUGUGGAAUAUAGACUCAAGAUAAGGGAAGCCUCUUUACUUCACAUGUCCGACAGGAGCUGAUGAGAACUUCAGAAAUAAAGUGGGAGCUCCAUACUCCGUGGCACCCUCCUUCUUCAGGGAAAGUAGAAUGAAUCAAUCAGAUGCUGAAAAAGCACUUGUCAAAAUUGGUUUCAGAGACCAAAUUACCAUGGACAAAGUGUUUGCCUGUAGCCCUUGUCAGAACACGAACCACUCACAGAAAAGGCUUAGGAGUAUCGCCCUAUGAAGUGCUGUUUGAGUUGCUGUACUUGGGAGUGGUGAGAUGCCCGCUCUUGAAACCAAGGAUAAGUUUCUCCAGAACUGUGUACUCGGGUUGUCUGCUGCUCUGUUAUUCCUUAAGGAAUGUGGGCUGUUGGCUCAAACUCCACCUCUGGAAUUUCCAGUGCACUCAUCCCGUGUAGGAGGCUGGUCCUAAUACACAUCUGGAAGGAGUCAAAGCUUCAGCCCGAGUGGGAUGGAAUGGACCAUUUCAGUGGGGCAGUGACCAGGGAGUACUACAUCGGGAUUAUAGAGACAGCAUGGGACUAUGCUCCUGGUAGUACUGAUAUCAUAUCUGGACUACGUUUUGCAGAAGAAGAGCAAGCUGAAGUCUUCCUUAAAAGAGGACCACAAAGGAUAGGAAGCAUUUAUAAGAAGGCUGUCUACACUCAGUACACUGAUGUUUUAUAUGAUGUGAUAGUUGAGAAACCUUCCUGGCUGGGUUUUUUAGGCCCCAUCAUUAAAGGAGAAGUUGGUGAUUCCAUUGUUGUUCACUUGAAAAACUUUGCUUCCAGAAACUACACACUGCAUCCACAUGGUGUAAAAUAUACAAAGGAAAACGAAGGUGCUUUUUAUCCAGACUAUACCAAAGGUUUUGAAAAAAGAGAUGAUGCUGUGAAGCCUGGAGGCCAGUACACUUAUACGUGGGAUGUGACAGAAGAUCAAGGUCCUGCUGAAGGAGAUGCAGACUGCAUUACCAGGGUUUACCACUCUCACAUAGAUGCUCCAAGAGAUGUUGCCUCAGGGCUUGUUGGGCCUUUAAUCAUUUGCAGGAAAGGUAAAACGUGGAUUAACUACUACAUAUGCAAGUUGAUUGAUAAUGGCACUUGAUAAAUAUAAAUGAACUAAUUUUCUGGAAGAGGAAAUUAAGAGUUCAUUUUGAAAUAGUGGAUUUUGUCUUGUCAGUUAUCUGCAUGUAAUAAUAGGAUGGGAUUUGAUUUUUGUGUGCUAGGCAAAUGAGUGAAAUGUGUUCAUGCUAGUAAUGCAAAAGUGUGACAUUGAUAUGUAGAACAAAUGUUUUACAUUAUCAUCACAUACAAUAUUUAUUCUUAGCAAAGUUAUUUUACAGCGUCUGUUAAAACCAACCUUUGUUUUCCCAAUAUGGCUGUAAGUUUAUACAUACAGUCACACUCAAGAUAAACAACAAAAUGUCAAGUAAACAGCCAUCAUCCUUACCAAUACUGUGCUUAAAACUGAACAGUUUUUUUCCCCAGUUUUAAUUAUUUACUAACUAUACUUGUUACUACUAGUAUACUAUCUAAGGUGGAACUGAGUGUAAGGGGGCACGCUGGUUGGAAAAUUUUACCUUUUGUCUGCUGAGUCUCCCCAUUUUUUUUUUUUUAAUUUUAUUUUUUUUAAGUAGCAAGUUU